AUGUCUUAUACGGCUGCUAUCACAAUAUUGAAGUACGUUGCAAUUUUCCAAGGUCUCUGUAUUUUUACUGGAAAUUUUAUCACUAUGAUUGUUUUUUGGAUUCACCGAUACAAGUUAAAGCGAACGUCUUUUCUUCUUAUCAACUUGGCUGUUGCAGAUCUGCUGGCUGGACUGGCACAAGCGGUUAUGGCAGCCCAACCCGUUCCACAUACCAUUUCAGCAGACAUAUCAGCUUGCUUUCAAGCUGCAUUUUUGGCUGCAUCUGUACUUUUCCUCGUUUUCAUCUCACUGGAACGAGCCUAUGCAUUGAUUUACCCUCUUCGACAUCGAGUAACAAGCACCAAUGCUUACAUCUACACUAUCAUAAUCGUGUGGUUGAUUGCAAUAACUUGGGGUACAUCUUGUCUGUUAGUUGUGUACGACAUCUUCGAAUUCAAAUUCUACAUGGCAGCCUUCUCCUUUGCCAUUUUGUUUUGUUUAGUUACUAUCUGCUUGUGUUACGUGGCAAUCCGAGCAAAACUUAGUCAAGAAAGUCCAGCUAUCGACCAGGCAAAUAACAGACUCAACACUGACCGAAACACAAAGCUUUCCAAGACUUUCUGUAUUGUCAUAAGCGCGUCUGUGGCUCUUUGGGUCCCGGGACUUGUAUUUUACUGUAUUUAUUAUUUUUUGCCGAGGUAUUCUGUGAUUAUGAACUACGCCUCCUUUAUUUUACAUCAAACUAAUUCUCUCUUGAAUCCGAUUAUUUAUAGUUUAAGGAUGCCGUUCUUUAAGGAAACGUUUAAACGCCUGAAAAACAAGAUGAAAAUUCGAAAGCAGACAAAAACAUACACAGUUAGUUGUCGAACGUUAAAAACAGAAACAUAAGCUGCCUAUAGUAAAGAGUGGUACAAACAGUUACGCGAUACAGCUGAUGAGCUCUCCAGUUUCUGUUGUUACAAAACACCGAGGAACAAGCGCUAGCUACUUAAUAAAGAGUGGUAUAAUAAUUUUCUUUUCAAAUCAAAAACAAAUAAGAACAUGAAUAUUUCACUUUGAACAAUCAAAAAUUUUAAAGUUUCUUAUUUUUUGUGUUCGAUCAUUUGAUGCGUUCUGCAAAUUUUUAAGGCUUAAAAAUUCGGCAUGGGGUUUUUUGGUACCAGAGUUUUUUUAGUUUUGUUGGAAGCCUUAGAGAUUUGUUUAGGUUUUGAUUUUGCCCCCAUUCGAUAUCGUCGUCGCAUGGUUAGCUGGUGUUUCUUUGGUUUCAUUACCCUGGCUGGCUAGCUACGGAAUCUGUCAGUUUUCUCACUAUAUCCUGGGGUCGCUGCCUUUAAAAAGAAAGUGACCCCACAAUCGGUACAACACAUCAUCGAAAAAUGGUUGAGGAAAACACAAGGAAACUUUCCAAAACUUUGUUCCUGCAUGCAUCUGCUGCAUUUUGGGUUCAAGCCUUGUUUUAUUCUCGUACCUAACGUUCGCUUUAGAAUUUUUUUCUGGAUUUAUAAAAUAUUCCUUCACCGUAAUUCGUCUUCGCAAUUCGCCUGUGCAAAUCCACUGAUUUACAGUUUAGAAAUGCAAAUAUUCAUUCAAAGUCUUAGCCGAUUUCAUCGUGAAAAUUUGAAAACAGCGGAAAAUACGCAGCUAAUUAACGAUGGAACCUUCAAAAACACUGCAAAGAAAGAUUUACCUUUUAAUUUUCCUUUAUUUUGCUUGUAUAACGAGAAAUAGUUUUAUACAGCACUGAAAGGUACAGACAUACUUAAUAAUCAUUCCUGAAAACCAGUGCCUGAGGGAAAAAAAGUAGAGACUUACUUUUCUUUAUAACAAGAUAGAUGUUAUUAAUGACAUAAACGUAAUUAAAGUUUUUAAUAGCUGAGUUUCAAGUUUAAAUAGAUCUACUUUUAAUGGAGUCCUUUGUCCCUGAUCCUUGUAAACACGGUUGCUAGUUAAUCAGUACCUUGCAUGUGUGCUUUUGUCAUUCUUAAUUAAAACCUAAGACAAUGUACUGUUUGGUUCCGGUUUAUAGCAUUGCUAAAUUAAUAAUUCAUUUCAUCAUAAUUUAUUUCGCUUUUGACCUAUGACAGGUAUUACUGGAUGUCAGCCUUCGCAGUCUUUAUGCUUAAUAUUUCUUUAAUGAGGGGAUCACUAUGGCCAAUCGGUGGUGCUGUCAAAACUAAAGCAAACCUACAACAUCCACACCCUCUAUAAAAGUUGACUCAGCUAUCCCAAGUGAACAACACGUCAGCAAAUUCAAGCUGCUCUGAAGAUUCUAGCCGUUUUCAAUACAUCCAAAACACCCUCAACAUUAUUUUUGUUAUGUCUGAUACGAUUACCAUAGCGAUUUUAAGUCUCACUCUUGUCUUAUCUGUCUUCAUAUUUACCAAAUGCUUUCACCGUAUUUGUUUUCUGGAUUCAUCGCCACAAACUAAAGCGAACGUUCCUCAUCGUUUUCAACUUGCCUGUCGCUGACCUUCUUGUCGGUCUUGCAGAAACUGCUUUUGUCGGAUUCAAGAUGAAUGACAGUAAGCCCUAUGUAAAAAUUUUUAAGUCCUUUCUAGUUAUAGUUUCGGGUGCAUCUGUAUUUUUUCUCGUGCUCAUUUCACUGGAACGAUCCUUCGCUUUGAAGCGCCCCUUACGACAUCGUGUAACAAGCACCAAGGUUUACAUCCACGGUAUUGUCAUCGUUUGGUUGGCCGGAAUAGCUCUGGGUGCACUGAAAUUACUACCGAUAUACGGGAUCUUUGACUUGAAACAUUACGUUGUCGCUUACUCUGUCAUCAUUGCUCUGUCUUUACUCUUGAUUUGCUUUUCUUAUCUUUCGUUCCGAAAACGUUUUUGCAAGUGA